GGUUCGGGUGGAAGUGGGGGGGGCUAGACCAAGCCGAGCAAAACACGCCAGAAACACUUUUAAAUGUCCGCCAUGUUGCCUAUGGCGCACUGAGCCGCCUACGCGGAGGGGAAGCGGAGCGCCGGGGAAAAGCAGGCCGAGACACAGCGAGCGACAUCCGGGCCCCCUCCCCCCACCACCCCACACCGCUGCGGCAUCACUCCGGGCUGGCGACGCCCUACCUUAGCGCUUGACAAGCUUACCAAAAAAAAAAAAAAAAAAAAAAAAAAAAAAAAAUACAACGUCAGAGUUAGCCGCCCCAGAAUCAUCCAUGAAAGCUUCACUCGUCACCGCGGUGAUUAUUAGGAGCUCGGAUAGACAUUAUUUGUGAGAGGGGGCACCUAAAAAGGAGGAAAAAUGAGUAAAUUGUCGUUUCGGGCGCGGGCGCUGGACGCCACAAAGCCGCUGCCCGUCUUCCGUUGUGAGGAUUUACCCGACCUGCACGAGUAUGCGUCCAUCAACCGGGCCGUGCCGCAAAUGCCGACGGGCAUGGAGAAGGAGGAGGAAUCGGAACACCACCUCCAGCGGGCUAUUUCGGCACAGCAGGUCUAUGGCGAGAAGCGGGACAACAUGGUCAUCCCGGUCCCGGAGGCGGAGAGCAACAUUACCUACUACGAAUCGCUGUACCCUGGAGAUUACAAGAUGCCAAAGCAGCUCAUUCACCUACAGCCUUUCAGCCUGGACACAGAGCAGCCGGACUACGACCUGGACUUGGACGACGAUGCCUUCGUCACCAAGUUGAAAAAGAAGAUGGAGAUCAGCCUGCUGCAGUUUGAGGAGAUGAUCGACCGGCUGGAGAAAGGCAGCGGGCAGCAGCUGGUGAGUCUCCCUGAGGCCAAGCUGCUCCUCAAGGAGGACGACGAGCUCAUCAAGGAGGUGUUUGACUACUGGAGCCGCAAAAGGAAAAACACCAAGGCACACUCGCUCAUCAACAUCAUCAAGCAGGAGAAGCGUGACGGCUCCAGCACCAGCGACCCCUACGUGGCCUUCCGGAGGCGCACUGAGAAGAUGCAGACCAGGAAGAACCGCAAGAACGACGAGGCGUCCUAUGAGAAGAUGCUGAAACUCCGCAGGGAUCUGAGCCGGGCCGUCACCAUCUUGGAGAUGAUCAAGAGGAGGGAGAAGAGCAAAAGAGAGCUGCUGCACCUCACGCUAGAGAUCUUUGAGAAGAGGAACGUAAUGUCAGACUACGGCGGUGAGGUCCUGGCCGAGGUCCUGGCUGAGCGGGCGCUGGUGAGGCCGCAGAUCAUCCCACUGGUUCCACUCACCAACCAGUACCACAUGGACCACAAGGACUAUAAGUCCAAGCCCGAGAAGACAGAAGUCCCUCGACAGAAGAGGAAAUACGAGAAGAAGCAGAAGACACUUCCGCUGUCGGCCGGUGCCGCCCACCACCAAUGUCCGGCCAUCUUCAACGCAAAGGACCUGAACCAGUAUGACUUCCCCAGCUCUGAUGAAGAGCCGCAGCUGCACUCUGGCUCGUCAGAAGCUGAGGAAGAGAACGACCCGGAUGGCGCCUACGCUUUUCGAAGGAAGGCGGGGUGCCAGUACUACGCUGCUCGUCAGGGUCGCAUGUCCGCCUGGCCGUGGUCCCCGGGCUGGGAAGGCGGGUUGGCCCACGCCCGAUACCGCUACAGUCUUACCACGCUCACAGUACCACGACGCUGCCAGGGCCUGGGUCGGCGACGCCUGGGACGAGGGGGCAGGGUCUUACUGGACCGAGCACAUUCAGACUUUAACAACGUUUUCCAUGAACUGGACCCGAAGAUGCUGGACUGCGCACCACCCCCGCCAGGCUCACGCUCACCGGGCCCUCGCUUGCCGGCCACCAACAAGUUUGACAGUACCUCACCAACAAAUACCUCAGACAGAAGCUCCUCCUCGCCGCCCUCGGACCUCAGUCAGAUUCUUUUGAGCAUAAAGGCAUGCCGGUGGCGCCACUUCCGGCCACGGACGCUACAGCUCCACCAGCUUGACAACGCCCACCCACUGUUCCGUAGGCUCUGUCGAUGUGUUAAGCGGCCGCUCGCCAACACGCGGUUGCCAGCCCAGCGCGUCAUACGGCCUGGACCGCCGCCCCGUGUCGCCCUGACUGCCGAGCAGUUCCAGCUUCAUCAGGACGAGUUGAUGCAGAUGCAGAAGGAGCAGCUGGAGCAGCAGCAGCAACUUCAAGCCAACAGAGCCACCACUGCCCACAGCACAAAUACAACACAGGUGUCGGCCAACACGUUGGACCAGGCUGGAGCUCAGUUCGCCGCCUCUGCUGUCGUCACCGCCGAGCAAAUUCUGGCUUUAAAGACCAAGGAGGAGCUCAGUCUGGGUGGCGGAGUCAACGGCGUCCUGUCCCCCUCAGGUGUCUACAAGGGCUUGCACCUAUCCAGCACAGCGUCACCCUCCCUGGCCGCACCGGCCCCGCCUGCCACCCUGUCCAGCGCCGCCUCCCUGCACCCAGGCAGCGCCACCACCGCCUGCAGCACCCACAGCAACAACGGCACGGUCCACCACGCCAGCCCCACAACCACUAACGCCACUCAGGUCUCGUUGGGCAAUAGCCUCCGCCUGGCCGUGCCCGUUGGAAAACGGCUACACGCCCCCCGAACGCUAAGCAGCGCCAUGUCUGCGUCCGCCUUAAAGCUGGCGCACGCCGCCGCCAACUGUCAGAAGCCCAAGGUCCCAUCGACCACUGCAGCCUCGCCGCUGGACAUUGUGCCCAGGGAGAACCAUGAGCAGGACAAGGCGGCACCACUCAACAGCCUGUCUGAGAACACAAUGGCCAUGGAGGUGACGUAGCCCACCCACACAAGGGAUUCAACACGUUUCUUUUCGGGUUUUUUUGUUGUUGUUUUUUUAAGGUGCUAUGCAUCGUCCGUUAGGCUUGAACGUGAGCGGACUGACUGGAUUUCUGUGUGGCGACGGCUCGCGGGAGCCGAUUGUCCUAAAAUAUAUAUGAACACAGUAUUUGUUACUGUUAAUAAGAGAUUGUCUGUAAAUUGUUAAUAUGGCAAUUAUUAAAUGUACAGUACUGAAUAUUUGUAGGCCCCGCCCACCCGCCCCUCUUGUAUAUAACAUGACUUGAAUCCACAGUUGUUCCUUUGUGAUGUUUUGCACUCGAAAUGUUGGGAAAAAAAUUUGAGAGAAAGGACAAACUGCAGCGGCUGCAACCAGUCUCAACGUGCUCCCCACCAACUCACCCACCCCUCAUCUAUUUAUUGUUCCGCGUUUACGUCCAAUCCUUUGUUGUGACCGCUCCUUCAUCAAAACCCCAACUGCCAUUUCACGUCUUCUUUUCUACAAUAAAUAUUUUUGUACCAAAUUUUUUUGUUAAUUUGAUUUGUAAUUUGACUUCACGGUAAAGAAAUAUGUAAUUUUGUUUUUCUCUGCUGGGAUGUAGCAGGAAAGGACCAAUCAUUCAAACUAAAAAAAGAAAAACGCUAAUUUUGCGACUUUAAGAUGUGGUCGUCGGUGUGCUGAUCUUCUCUUCUGUGAAGAGUUUGGUACUGAACGCGGCUUUUCUCGUAGUUUUUGUUGGGUUGUUUUUCUGUGUGUACGGCAGUGAGCAGCCCCUCCUGUGUGCGCAGCAAUGAUGAUGGAUGGACUCCUCAAAACAAGUGUCACUCAAUGAAAUAAAAAUCCAGGGCAUUA